GCAGGCGCUAAAAUGUUGACCAUAAGUCAAGCUCUUGUAGCAGUGGUUGUAUUUCUUCUAAUUACGCAGUUUUUAAAGUUGCAGCGAGUGCGAAGACAGUUUCCUCCUGGACCAGUCCCUCUCCCAGUCCUUGGGACGCUGAUACAGCUGAACUUUCAGUUCAAUCGUGAUCUCCUCAUGAAGCUGGCAAAAAUUCAUGGCAACAUAUUCACCUUAUGGUUUGGAUGGGCCCCAGUGGUUAUACUGAAUGGAUUUCAAGCAGUGAAGGAUGGCAUGACCACUCACCCUGAAGAUGUUUCUGGGAGGCUGGUGUCACCUAUGUUCAGGGCCUUGGCCAAAGGAAAAGGAAUUAUGUUGGCAACUGGUCACACCUGGAAGCAGCAGAGAAGGUUUGCUCUGAGGACUUUACGCAACCUUGGUCUGGGGAAAAGAGGUCUGGAGCACCGAGUUCAAGAAGAAGCCCACUACCUGGUAGACUUCUUUGCAAGCAUGAAAGGGAAACCUGUGGAUCCCUCUUUCCCUCUUGUCCAUUCUGUCUCAAACGUAAUUUGUGCUGUUGUGUACGGACAUCGUUUCUCCAGAGACGACGAGUCCUUUCAUGAGCUGAUUAAAGCUACAGAACAUAUCUUCAAGUUCGGGGGCAGCUUUAUUCAUCAUCUCUAUGAAAUCUUCCCCUGGCUGAUGAGCCGUAUCCCUGGGCCUCAUAAGACGGCGUUGGCUUGUUAUGACGUCCUGAGCAACUUUACACGGAGAGAGAUCCAAAUGCACACAGAGCGCGGGACACCAGAGGAACCACAGGAUUUCAUUGACUUCUACCUGGAUCACAUUGAAAAAUCCAAAGAUGAGCCCAGGUCAACAUACAACGAAGACAACAUGGUUUAUUCUAUAAAUGACCUUUUCUUGGGUGGAUCAGAGACAUCAAGCACUACUUUGAACUGGGGCCUUCUCUAUAUGGUGACAAACCCAGACAUCCAAGAGAAAGUGCAGAAGGAGCUGGAUGCCGUUCUGGGCCCCUCCAAGUUAAUCUGUUACGAGGAUCGGAGAGAACUGCCAUACACAAACGCUGUGGUUCAUGAGAUUCAACGCUUCAGCAACAUUAUUUCAGUCGGCAUGCCCAGGGUGUGUGUGAGGAACACAACCUUGCUUGGCUUUCCCCUCAAAAAGGGCACCAUAGUUCUUCCAAAUAUUGCUUCAUCUUUGUAUGACCCAGAGCAGUGGGAAACACCUCGACAGUUCAACCCUGAUCACUUCUUGGAUAAGGAUGGAAACUUUGUGGCCCAAGAAGCCUUUUUGCCAUUCUCAAUAGGGCACCGGGUGUGUUUAGGGGAGCACUUAGCCAGGACCGAACUCUUCAUUUUCUUUGCCAGCCUACUGCGGGCGUUCACCUUCCAGCUCCCCGAGGGCGUGACAAAGAUCAACACGGAGCCCAUUUUGGGGGGCACUCUGCAGCCCCACCCCUACAGGGUUUGUGCCAUUCCACGCUAG